GAUCUCGUGGGAGAGGUGCUUCUGUCUUUAAAGUUUCUUCCCACCUCUCAGAGGCUUGAGGUUGGAUUGCUAAAGGUCAGAACGGUCGGCCCAGAAAUACGUUCAGAUGCAGCCUUGUACGCCAGAAUCAGUGUGCAGUGCAACCAGUGCAAGCUGAGGUACCAAAAAACCUCUGCAGUGGCCCGCUGUCUGGUGACCAUCUUCAAUGAGGUCCUCAUGUUCUCCCUGCCAGAGUUUCCUCUGGAGCGGUGUAAAAUACUGGUUUAUGUGUAUGAGACUCACACGACAAGAAAAUCAGCCAAACAACUGAUCGGACAGUUGACUGUGGGGAAGGAGAUGAGUUCAGAAGACGAGCACUGGAGCUUAAUGAUGCGCUCAGUCCGCCAGCCAAUAGCAAAGUGGCAUGGCCUGCUGAUCUGACAUGAAUCCCAUAAAUACUCUCCUGCACUUCCUAGAUGUUGGUACCUGGUUUUACGUCCCUGAAAGCGGCGGAGCAUGAUUAUCCGGCUGUAGCCGAAUCUGCAGCUGCUGAGCUGCAGGCCUAACAUGGACUCCUGUGCUUGAUGACACUAGUGGUAGUUACUCAGUCUACUUGUGUCUCUUAUCCAACUUUUUAGCUCCAAAUCUCAUCAUAUUGAAAGAGUUCUUAUGAUCUGAUACUUGCCUUUUUUCUGAUGAUUGGUUUAGUUUUGCACUCAUUUGUUGCUGUUGUUUGUGUUACUGUUAUAGUUAUCUUUAAGAUGUGCUGCUCUUUAGUGCAUGUUGUAAAACUCAGAUAAUUCUGCAUUAUUAAAUCUUUGUAUUGCAAGUCUGAAUGUUCCAAAAAACAAACAAACAAAAAAAAAAAACAAAAACAAAAAUAAACUGUAAAUAAAUAAUAACUUAUGGCUUUUGUUUAAGAGAAACCAAAACAUAUGAAAUAAUAAAUAAAUAUUCCCAAGGAUAGGCAAAACAAAACAUACUAUUCAUGUAAUAAGUGGUCAACUUGUAAUAAUAAUAAUAAUUAUUAUAGAUUUUAUUUAUAAUGCACUUUACAUUUAGCAAAAUCUCAAAGUGCCACAGACACGGUAUAGGGACAGUAGAAUAAAAACAUUAAAAAACAAGGCAAAAACUAAG